UCCAUCAGGGUAAUUUCUUUAUAGCGGGAAGUGACUUUUUUGGCUUGAUGCGCCACUGAACAACUUUUAUAGGAAUGAAUGGCGGAGCCCUAUCCAGCUCUUAUGAUACAGCCACGGUCCCGACCAACAGUCCACAACCAUGAGAUCCAUAUCGAGAUCUUCACAUCCCCGCUGAACCUCACCCUGCUCAGCCUCUGCUUGUUCCUCUUGUACAAAAUCUUCCGCGGAGACAAACCACCGGAGCUCGGCGAGAUGGAGCAGCCACUGCCUAAACUGAAAAAGAGAGAUUUUACCCUGGCAGAGUUGAAGCCCUACGAUGGACAGCAAAAUCCGAGGAUCCUCAUGGCUGUCAACGGAAAAGUGUUCGACGUCACCCGGGGGAAGAAGUUUUACGGGCCAGACGGGCCAUAUGGAGUGUUUGCAGGCAGAGAUGCAUCCAGAGGUCUGGCUACGUUCUGCCUGGAGAAGGAGGCGCUGAAAGACGAACACGACGACCUGUCCGACCUGAACGCCAUGCAGCAGGAGAGCCUCUCUGAGUGGGAGACUCAGUUCACCGUCAAGUACGACUACAUCGGCAAGCUCCUGAAACCAGGAGAGGAGCCGACAGAGUACACGGACGACGAGGAAGGAAAAGACAAAAAGGCGGACUAAAAGAAUGAAAAUUCAAAGUGCACAAGCGAGGGGAAAAAAUGAUACAGAUGCCUUACUGUUUGUUUGUCGUUUGGUGCCUGUUGCCUCCUGUUAGGAUCGUUCAGAGAAAACACUUCCAUCUUCUGUAUUGUUUUUGGACUAUCACACAUCUGGAUUUUAAAUGAUGACUAAAUAACACUGAUCUCCAUUGAUCAUAUUUGAAGGUUAGACGGCAUUAAUGGUUAAAUAUACUGCGUUCUGGUGAUGUAGAGCUGUGUAGUGUUGUUAGAGUUUAGUUUCUGUAAACAUGAGAAUCAGGAACUUCAGCAACUAAUUGACGGAUCAGUUCCAACAUGUUAUGAAGCCCCUGAUAGUUAAAUGAUCCACAGCUCCGAUGGACACUUAGUUAAGCUCGCUGUUGGUGUAUUGCGGGUUGUACACAUUCCUUUUAUUCAAGGUUCAGGUCGGCUCGCAUUGAAAUGAAUUAUCUCAGGAAGCGGUUUCACUCAAACUAAGAAAUAUAUGUACUGAGGGUCUGGAGCCAGAGGGCAGAUUUAUUUUGGAUCCUAUUCUAUUAAUUGUGGCCAUUUGACUGUGCGUUAUGCUAACUUUACACUCGCAACCUCCGUCCGAAACACAGACUCAAAAACAAACAAACAAAAACAACUCAUAUCAGGGCAAGUAGCGAGAGCUUGAAGCUUUUCAAAUAAACUUAAAUUUUACAGAAAUCAUCCAAACACUUGUCUGAGUCUGACUUUAAACUACUCUGGUAAGUUUCACCAGAAAAGAAAAUCCCUAUCCCGUUAGCUGUAAUAGCUAAUCCGGGGGAUUUAUUUCUGUGCAGACUUUCGGUCGGACUCAGGAACGUGUGACAUCAUUUGUGUAAAAUAAAAGUUGAAGUUUAUUUAGGAAGCUUUAGGAGACCCGACCUGCUUGCUGUGAUACUACAGUAGGGUUUUGCUGAAUCUCCACAGCAGGGGUGGCGAGUGCAAAGUUAUGACACAUAGUCAGAGUCGAUACAAUUAUGAGAAUAAAACCCAGACUGUAAAAUAUCAGAAAUGUUCAAUACAGCCAGUGGGGCUCAACACUUUAAGACAUUAAAGAUGUAAUCACAUAAAUACUGCUAAAUAAAUCUCUUUUUAAGCACUUUUUCUUGAUUUACUGCACCAUAUACAUGUCAUUUUCACCAAAAUGUGAGUGAUAUACUUUCUUUUUUUACCAUAAAUCUAUAAGAGAAGGAUAAUCUACUUUUUUUUUUUUGGCAACAUUCCAACCCGUCAAAUGUAUCUGCUGACUUUUCUGAAUUUUCAUGUACAUUUAAGCAUUUCUAUGUUUGUGUGAAUUUCAGUGUUGAUGUCUGUUGAGAACUCUGAAACUGAUCCUGAGAUUUUGGAAAAGUUCACAAGUUUUCUUCUAUCUCACAGUGACGGUCCAGGCUGUUACAGAGGUCGUCUUGAUCUCAGCAGUCUGACGUAGUGCGGUGACUCCAUUAAAAGUCGAUUGACAGAAAAGGAACUGAAAACACCUUCCAUAAAAGUCAUUUAUUUAGCAAAAAAUAUCAACCAUUUUAUGGUUUUCAGCUUCUCAGAUAUGAAGGUUUGCUGCUUUUCUUCUGCCCUCAUUUACAUGCAGUAGUGUUUUUAGUGUUCAUGUGGUGUAGAGGGAAAUGGUUACACGUUAAAUAAUAAAAACAUCAGAAAGGCUGAGCUGCUGCUAGUUAACAGCUGUUUUGAAUUUUAGAAAUCAAAUGUCUUCACGUUUUAUUUUCCCUCCAUGUUUUCCCGACAUUCCCCUUGACUCUGAUUUAAAUCCUGAAUCUGAAGGCAUUCUUCCUAAACUCAUAAUCAUUAAUAAACUGUGAUGAUUAGCAAUCAUAGUUUAUAAUGUUUUUUAGCAAUAUUUCACAUGCCAAGUUGACGCAGAUAUUUGGGAAAGUCACCAAAAUUUUCAUCAUAAAUCAUUAAUCAAGGGAAAUUAAUAAUGUUGCUGUAGUUGAAGUUGGUUUCAAGGCUGCAAAUAGUAGAACAAGAGCUUGUUUUAUCCACAGAUGUAUCCAUGAAAUCCUUCAGAAACAUUGUUUGCAAGGAAAUUUAGUUAAUUUGUGUUUUACUAAAGUUAUAUGGAAGAAGUUUGUUCUUUCUGACUGCAGGAAAAAUAUGUUGUCCUGUAAAAGAUCGGCCACUCUCCAGAAAAGCAGAUUGAAUGAGGGAAUAUUUUCAGUAUGUGUGUACAUACAUGAACUAAAUGUUAUAAUACUGUUAGUUAUAAUCCUGAAAAUUAUAUUCUGAUUUAAUAAAUAAAACUACAAAUAUGAAGACUUCA